CCCCAGGGAGCCCCCAUGGAGGCACCGGAGCUCCCGGAGCCGGACGGGCUCUUCCCGGAUCCCGCCUCGCUCCCGGUGCCGGUACCGGGCUUCCAGACCGUGACGCUCCCGCAGGAUGAUGGCAGCGGAGCCGAGGAGCUGGGGCUGACGGUGAACCCCGACAUCGCCUGCGGCCUCGGCACCAGCCCGGAGCCCCCCGGGCCCGCCGGGACCCCGCCGGUGCUGCUGGAGGUGGUUUGUGACCUCAGCACACCUCUGUACCCCUCGCUGUUCCCCGGCAUCGAGCUGGCCCCGAGCCCCGAGCCCCUGCCCACGCUCCAGCUCACGGAGGAGGAGAAGCGGCUGCUGGCGCAGGAGGGGGUGACGCUGCCCGGGGCCCUGCCCCUCACCCAGGCCGAGGAGCGGCUCCUGAAGAAGGUGCGGAGGAAGAUCCGGAACAAGCAGUCGGCGCAGGACAGCCGGCGCAGGAAGAAGGAAUACCUGGACGGGCUGGAGAGCAGGGCGGCCGCGUGCUCGGCACUGAACCAGGAGCUGCGGAAAAAGGUCCAGGAGCUGGAGAAGAGCAACGGGUCUCUCCUGCGGCAGCUCCAGGCGCUGAUCAAGGAAACGUCCACCAAGCCCGCCCAGACCGGCACCUGUGUCCUGAUCCUGUUCCUGUCGCUGGGGCUGAUCCUGCUCCCCAGCUCCAGCCCGUUCCGCCGGGGCGGCAGCCGGGAGAACCCUGCACCCACCGGAGUGAUCUCCAGGAACAUCCUGACGGCCGGAGAAUCCCCGCUCCCGGGGUGGGUGCCGGGGACAGAGCCGGGAUCCGGCGUGGAGACUGGGGAUGGGAUUCUCACCCCACACUGGGAUCCAGGGACCAACUCCUCCAGGAAGGACGUGGGGACACGGGGACAUGGGGACGAGAUGUGACUGGGAGACCUCAGGACGGGGGAACG